AUGGAUGCUCUUCGAGUGUCGAUAUUAUUCCUGAUGGUCGUUGCAUGCAGUACGUCAACGUUGAAAAAUGAUCGAGAAGCGUCCUACGGAAGUGGUCGAAAUUAUAUUCGUCGUAGUCGAAGAAUAGCGUUGAACGAGUAUCUCGUUCCACCCCCACCACCUCGACAUCAUCCGGUGAGGUCUGGGAGGGUGGCCAAUCCUCAGCCAACGGAAGCCCCAGGAUACUUCUCGAAAUUCAUGAAUUGGAUAAAUCCUUUCGGUUAUGGUUCACCAUCCCCUCAACAUUCGAAGUCUCCUUCAAAUCUCGAACCCUCUUUCCCCCCUCAGUCUCAUCCUCCACCAUUCAACGUCCACCCUGGCCCUCCAUCCGGUCCAUCUCUGCAACCUCCUCCUGGUCCACCACCUGGUCCACCUUUGUACCCUCCACCUGGACCACAACCCAAUUUACCUUUGUACCCCCCUCUCAGCCCACCACCAAGUCUACAUUCUGUUCCAAUUCUUACACCUCCUAGUCAGCAUCCUGGUGUAGGCAUUGCUCCUCUUGGUCCACCCCCUGGUCAACAUUCUGGUCCACUUGUACCCCCUCUUGGUCCACCUCCUGGUCCAUACUCCGGAUCGCUUGCACCUCCUCUGAGUACACAUCCUGUUCUACCACCUCAUCCCAGCUCUUUACCAAUUUACAACGCUCCUCCGAUUGCCCUGCUCGACGUAAGACCCUUCGUUCUGCCCCCAAAGAGCAACCAAUACUUGCCUCCAAACAAGGGGAAGCCCUGCAAUCCCUGUAACAAGUUUCCAUGGAUCCCCAUGCAAGAUGGAGGUCUUCGUCCCGAAGUCUAUCUUCCUCCACAACUUUCAAACGGUUAUCUUCCACCCGCUGUCCAAGCACAUCACGACGCCCAACACGCAGCCUCGCACGAAGUCAGAAUCCCCGACUUCUCUCACGCCCAGGCGCAUCAAAACGGGCAACAAGGCGUGGUUGGUUCGCUACCAAACCCCCAGUUGUACACUGGCCCGAUGCCACCACUGUACAAGGCAGAGCCUUUCAACCGACCAUCGAGCCCUCACACGGAAAACGUGGCCCAUUUGGAACCGCCACCCCUACCUGUGGCGCCCUCUACCGGCCAACACGCGAACCCACAGAUCGACAACGAACGCUUCAACAUCCGCGACAAUCACGAUCUGACGUCCAGCGGGACGCAGAUAAAUCAGGGACACGCGAGUGUCGUGCCACAGAAUCACGAAACGGAGAUCAACGAUCAGUUCGAGGGCCACAAGGAGUCGUUUGGUAUUGCAAUUCCCGAUAACCAGCCGCCCAUUUCUGACCAAGGAGAGGAUGGAAUAUUGAAUCACCCUGUACUGGACAAUCAGCAGGUUAUUACCAGUUUUGGAUCGUCUGGUGUCGAGAAUCAAGGCUUUACCGGUCAGGAUAACGAUUUCAAUUACUUACCACCGAAUGCUUUUAACGGCCAGAGCGUCGAGCAGUUGAAUUACCAAUAUUCUGACGACUUGUCGCCCAGCAGUAGUGUUGUCAAAGAUUCUCACGCGGUGACGCGAGCGCCACCAGCGAGUAAUCCGCCUACUAACGAGGAUCCUGUGCAUUUCGAGGAGUCGCCACUCCUGGAUCUCACGCAGAAGAGCGAGAGUCGUACGGAUAAACAGUGGCCACCCCCUACAGCCACUUACAUCGACAAAACCACCGCAGAUUACAAUUUGCGAACCAGCAACGCGUUAACGGACGAUUCGCCAAGCUUCACGAAACCGAUCGAGACUUACUCCGCGUCGAACAUACAAAAUGGCGACGGCGCUUCCACGCCAUUGGCCGUCGAUUUUUCCGAGAGCAACGAACAUCGAUAUGUCGAAACGUCGACGAGUAAUUCUCGUCACACUGGAUUCUCGUGGCCGAGUUUAUCGUCGAACUCGAAGAACGAAUCGUUCGAGAAUGGGUCGUUUGUGGAUCCCCUUGUUCGGUGGCACAAUUCUUCCAGAGAGGUGCAAAACAAUGAACAAGGUAGAUUAGACUCGAACGAUCCUGUUCAGAGGCAGCAAAAUGUAAAGAGAAAUAAACAAGUACAAGUUAUUAUACCGUAUACGUCGGAAUACACACCUAUACCGUUUCAACAAUCUUACGGAGAUUGGAGCGUUAAAAACAACCACGAAAGAACGCAAUCGAGGAAAGCACCUCCCUCUCGCGAUACGAGCGAUAAUUACCUACAACAGGAAUCGAGAAACGAGAUUCGGUUGAUAAAUCAAUUGCAAGCGCAAUUUAAUUUAAAUGAUUCCAAUAAAUUGAGUACGAAGGAAUCAGAUGCAAGACCUGCUAACACAAGAACAAAUAAUUCUAUCGAUGUGCGCAGAUUACAAAAGAAUAUUGAUAACUGGACGAUACAAGAAUAUUCAAAAUUCACAACGUCCAGUACAGUCUUGCCCAGUUCCCUGCAUCCCUAUCUUUUGCCAUCAAAGAAAAUCCCAACGGAGUACCUAACAACGACAGAGCCUGGCGAUCACACAAACGAGUCGAACGAUAAGAACGAAAGUGUGAAGACGUACUCAUUGGCUGGAUUUAGUUUCAACGAAGUGGAGCACGAGGGUUCCGCGAGCAAUCACAUCGAGGAGUCUCGAGCGCCUCAGAAAGUCGUGCGAAUAGAGAGCUCUAAAUCGACCACGAGUAUCUCGGAAAGUACAGAUAAGUCCACGGUAAACGGAAAGUCGACGUGGGACGGAUACUCAGUACUGAUAUCGCCAGUCAAUAAAGAACGAGUUUACGUGGUGACGCCACAGCCGGUACCGUCAACGUCUGCCAAGAGCAAACUCGAAAAGCAGAAGGCAGACGAUGAUCGAACAGAUCCGAGCAACUCGAAGAAAAGCGAAGAGAGUUUUAGCGAGUUCGAGGCGAUCGAGAAAGCUUACCAAGUGCUUCCCCAGGCGGUGAACAAUCUUGCUGUCGCGUCCACGGGGAAGGAAGACGUUCCGUUAUGGGGGAUCAUGGAACACGAGGAAUUUGCUUCGUUGAAUUUGGAUGAAUCUGGCGACGAAUCGGCUGGGGACAUCUUGGAUGGACCGGUGCUUUACUCUGGACACUCAAAGGUUUCUCGAGCUAAACGAUGACAUGGAGGUACGUUUAAAAUACAGAGGCUCAAAAACAAUAAUAAUUGUGAAUAAAUAAUCGACUGAUCAUUUACGUC